CGGGAUUGCCGGCCCAGCCCUCUGCUGGCGCGGUGGCCCCGGGGAAGCUCCUUCCUCGGCCUCCGAGAGGUUUUCCUCUAUCCAGGCAGCCCAAACCGUCUGUUUGAGGAACAGUGUAGCUGCCGAGGCAUGGGACUGGUCCAACACAGCCAGCCCUGCCCAGGGUCUGCCAAAGGGCAGCGCCCAGCUCCUCCCACGCUGCUGGGUCCCUGAGGGCCUCCAGAGAACCGAUGGCGGGGACAUAGCUGUGGAGCCGGCUCAGCUCUCCAGGCUCCACUAACCAUGAACAAACCACAGGCCCGGGGAGUGGAAUAAAAGGCCACGGACCUGCCAUGCUCAGAGACCCCAGGCUUCAACCAUGUUGACACCUCUGCCCUUCAUCUGUCCUUCACCCAUGACGCUGCAUGGGCUUCUCUCCAUUCUGCUCCUUCUGACUCUCUUCAGCCCAGUAAGAAGUGGUUUAGCUUCUGCUGAAUAUCACUGUGUGAAUCUGGGUGGCAUUUGCAGAAGAGACCUCUGUAACACCCUGGAGGAUACACUUGGUGCCUGCAAAAGAAGGUGGAAAUGCUGUCGGGCAUGGUGGAUUCUUUUGCCUAUCCCAACACCUAUUAUCUAUUCGGAUUAUCAAGAACCCAUUAAGCACAAAGUGAAAUGAAACUAGGAAAAGCAUCAAAAGGAAAUUUCUUUGUAUCUAAAAACUUUAGAAUAUACAUAUUAAACCAUGCCGACUUCGAAUUCCCUUAUGACUCAGUGGAUUAAGGAUCCUGCAUUGUCACUACUGCAGCUCAGUUGGCUGCUGUGUCAAGGGUUUGAUUUCUUGGCCCAGGAAAUUUCACAUGCCGUGGUUGAAGCCAAAUAGGAAAAAAAAAAAAAAAACUACUUCCAGCUCUAUGAUCAACUUCUAUUAUUCCUUGUCAAUAAAA